AUGUCUUCUUCAGUCGCGCAAUUUGCUUCUUCAGUCGAUCUCGUCUACGAGGUCGCAAACCAAGUAACGAAUCGACAAUCCCUACGGAAUUGCUGCUUGGUGAGCAAGAAUUUCAAUACCUCGUUCACGCCUUUACUGUAUUCGGAAGUCUGGUUUCGCCCAAAUAAUAGACGGUUUCUCCUCGAAGACCUGCCACUACUGUUGAAUCACCAAGCACUUCAAUUUGUCCGGGCCCUUGACGUAGCGGUCGAGAUAUUACCUGACGACCCAUGGUCGUGGGAUGGCACAAGCGAGCAGAUAGAAGUCCGUAGAUUGUGCAAUGAGGGAGUGCAAUCUCUUCUUUACAAAAUGCCGAUGUUGCAGAUAUUUCGUUGGGCUGAGAUGCCUCCAUUAACAACUACGGUUUCGGCUCUCCAAGUACAAUGCCCUAACAUUCACUCGGUGGUGAUUCAUUACCACAAUCACGUUGAGGGGUGCGGGUUAGGACACUUUGAAGAUCUUCUUGAAGAGGGUGAAGACCCCAAACGGCCUUUAAAAUACAGAGACGCACAAAACCUGUUUACGAUACCAAGUUUGUCAUAUUUCGCGAACUUGACUAGGCUAGAAAUCUUACGCCUCCAUAGUGAUCUCAACAAGGCCAGAAGAGGUGUUUUGCAAAUCCUUCUCAAGUUACCUCAUUUGGAGUCGAUGUCCUUGUCGAUUUGCGCCGAUGCCAUCAAUCGUCUAGAAGCAGACCGAAGCACAGAUCACAUCCUCUUUUUGGUAUCUCUAAUCGAAGACUUCGUCCAAGCGGGUGGGAAACCGCUCCGUCUAAAGAAAUUAAUACUCGGUCUCGGUGUUGCCCUUUGGAGAAAAGGACACUCUCUCCGCGCAUUGGUUGAUCUCACAUACCUAGAUGAAGUUAUGUGGAAAAUCGGAUUUGGAUCUUUGAUCUUGAUGAUGACUUUGUUAUAG